AUGAUCGGUCGGAUGGGUGGCCGCAAAUUGAGCAGCCAAGAGGUUUACGAUGUGCAAAAGGAUGAGAAGCUUGGGCAGGUCGUCAAAGGCUCGUCGCCACUCUGGAUCCGUUUCCUCAUUGGAAUUCUACGAUUGUGGUUCUUCGUCUACGAUUGUCUGAAUUACAUUCCCUAUCAACUAUUCAACUCUCCUACCGAGAAGCUGCGCAAGUCCAGCAAAGUUAAGGCUCAGUGGGUGGAUGAGAGGGAUGGUCCGAUCAGACAUGUUGAUGGUCUCAAAACCGAAGAGUUUCCUGGGAAGGAUACUGUUGACAAGAUGUGGCGACAUGUAGUCGAAUUAUACGAUGAAGCUCCUGCUCUGGGAACGCGGCAACUGUUAGCGGUUCACCAUGAAAAACAGCCAGACGGGCGAGUGUUUGAAAAGUGGGAAAUGGGUGAAUAUGAGUGGAUGUCGUACCGAGAAGUUGAGGCAAAAAUUUCCAAUGUCGCAGCCGGUUUACGAGAUAUAGCCAAUGGAGAUGAUCAUAAGAUUGUUCUGUUUGCGGAAACACGUGCUCAUUGGCUAAUAACAGCUUUGGCAGCAUUUCGUACAAACAUACCCAUUGUCACUGUGUAUGCUACCCUAGGAGAAGACGCGAUAGCACAUGCUAUAGACGAAACGGGAGCCACCAUUUUGGUGACAUCAGCGGAAUUGCUUCCGAAGAUUAACAAUCUGGGAAAACGUUGUCAUUCUUUACGUACCCUAAUCUAUCUGCCGCAGGUCAAUAAACAGGCACCUCCACCGGAUCUCUCGCCGUUCAAAGAGCAAUUUGAACAUGUGUUAGCCUAUGCCGAUCUUGAAUCAAGAGUGCCGACUAUGAUUAAGGAAUCGACAACAAAGCCGGAUGAUGUUGCUUUGAUCAUGUAUACCUCUGGUACUACCGGAGCACCAAAGGGUGUGAUCUUGUUGCAAAAGAACAUCGUCGCUGCUGUCUGUGGUCAAACGAACGGGGUCGGAAUUAUAGGCCAUACCGACACAUAUAUCGGCUAUCUCCCAUUAGCACACAUUCUCGAACUCGAUGCUGAAUUGACGUCUUUGUGCUGUGGAGCCAAGGUCGGGUACUCAAGUCCCCUCACUUUGCAUGACCGUGCUAGCAAAAUCAAGCCGGGAACACAUGGAGAUUGUCAUGCACUUCAACCUACCCUUAUGGCUGCGGUACCGGCUAUCAUGGAUCGAAUUUUCAAAGCAGUAUCAGAGGAAGUGGCUGCGAGCCCGAGAAUAAUGCAGGAACUGUUCAAAUUGAAUUAUGAACGCAAGAGAACUCGUUACCAAGAAGGUUAUUGCAGUCCAUUUUUAGAUAGAAUUAUAUUCAAAAAGAUUCGACGACUUUUGGGUGGCAAACUGAAGGGAGUACUAUCAGGUGGUGCACCACUAAAUGCUGAAACUCAAAGAUUCAUGAAUAUUUGCAUGUGCUGCCCGGUUGUACAGGGUUAUGGCCUAACUGAAACUUGCGGUGCUGCUUGCGUAGCAGAUAUCAAUGAUCUCAGUACGGGUACUGUGGGACCUCCAGUGCGAUGUUGUGAAAUUGUUCUGCGUGAAUGGACCGAAGGCGGUUAUUCACCUUUCAACGAUCCGCCUCAGGGAGAAAUAUUGAUAGCAGGAGAAAACGUGUCUCCGGGAUAUUUCAAGCAACCUGAUAAAACCGCCGAGGAGUUCAUAACAUACAAGGGGAAACGUUAUUUCUGUACAGGAGAUAUCGGCGAAAAGCGGAAAGACGGGUCUAUAAUCAUUGUUGAUCGUAAGAAGGAUCUUGUAAAGUUGCAACACGGAGAAUACGUCUCAUUGGCCCGAGUCGAGUGUGCUCUUCUCAAUUGUCCCAUAAUUGAUAAUGUCUGUGUGUACGGAAAUAGCUACGAAGAUAACACGAUUGCACUCGUAGUGCCAAAUCAAAAGCAUUUGGAAAAGAUUGCUGAACAGGUUGGUGAAGAAUCGCGAGACAUGAAGACCAUGUGCGCAAAUGAAAAAAUUAAAGCUGAGUUCCUCAAGCAGAUGAACGAGCAUGCCAAGAAAAGUAAAUUGUCGCGAGCAGAAAUGCCAGUUGCGAUACAUUUGUGCGAAGAGAUAUGGACUCCUGACAGCGGCCUUCUCACGGAGGCUUUGAAACUCAAACGAAAACCUUUGCAAAGCAGAUACCAAACUGUCAUUGAUGAGUUGUACAAGAGUGUUCAUGCCAAGUAGCUGCGUUCCUGUGUCUUGCAACUUUGAAGCAUGAGUGUUUUGUUUCUAAUUCUAGGUCUUCACAUCUGCUCUACUCAGAGCGUUUGUAUCUAUCACCUUUGUUGAAUUGUUCUGGAUAUUCUCACCUGCAUUGUAUAAGCUUUCAUCAAUAUGUCAUCUGUUUUUUUAACAACUUUUACUAGAUUUGUGUGGUGCCUCACUUGUGCAGCAUAAUGAGCGCCGAACAUUUUGCCCCGUUGAUCUGUCAGUGCUUGUGCGUAUAUUUCUAAGGAAAGCCUGUGUGGGCUGCAUCUCUUCUUCCAAAAUUUUUAGCAUCUCUCGCCUUUGCAAGUCCAUAUUAUCUUCUACAUCUUCUUCCAUUAUCUGUGCACCGUAUUGAUUUGCUACUGAUUUUCACUUGUCCUGUGUUAACUCUCGAUCACGUUUUAGAAAGAUUUUUAUAACCAUUUUUGACAAUCCCCGGUUUGCACCCCGCGAAGCUGUUCAUCCUUAGCC